CUAGUCCACACCUUCUGAGCACUACUCCACACCAUCUGAGGGCUCCGGGUACAGGACACCACCUGAGCGCUACUCCACACCAUCCGAGGAAUCAAACUACAGCAUGCCACCCGAACGUUACUCCACACCCUCAGGUGAUUCAAAGCAUAACACAUCCUCUGAGUGCUACUUCACACCCUUUGAGGGACUUCACUCAGCAUCAGGGGACAUCACACCACCAGAGAGCUACUGGACACCCAUUGGGGAAUAUAAGGAUGCCCUGGCAGUAUUUCCCCCCUGCGAGGAAAGGUAUCGGGCUCCAGAGCAGCCACCACGGGAUGAGGUGUUUAGGACCCCUCGUGAAGCCCGAGAGCCAUCAGGCAAUGAGAUGCCACCCGCCUUCCUGAAGGCAUUAAGCAGGAGGAGGCUGUAUGAGGGCAGCACACUGAGUUUUGUGGCUGAGGUGGUAGGUGUGCCUGAGCCAGGAGUAAAGUGGUAUCACAAUAAAUCCCUACUGGAGGUGGAUAAGAGAGUGCGGGUAGAGAAGGAUGGGGACAAGUGUGUGCUGGAGAUCACUAACAUUCAGAAAGACGAUGAAGGACAGUACCUGUGCCAUGCAGUAAACAUUGUUGGGGAAGCUAAAAGCAUUGCCCAGGUGGAAGUUUUGCCUGAAGAUGGGCGAUCACUAGCACUGCCACCCCCUGUGACCCACCAGCAUGUUAUACAGUUUGACCUAGAGGAAAACACAUCCUCACGGUCACCUUCACCACAGGAAAUCCUCCUGGAAGUGGAGCUGGAUGAGAAUGAGGUGAGAGAGUUUGAGAAGCAGGUCAAAAUCAUAACAAGUCCAGAGUUUAGCCCGGAUAAGAAGAGCAUGGUUGUCUCCCUGGAUGUGCUCCCACUUGCCCUGUUGGAACAAGUUUCAGGCUUUGCCUCAGAGGAGAAUGAGGAUGUGAAAAUUGAUUUCCAAGUGACUGAAAUGCCUCCCCGCUUUGCUGUGCCCUUUACAGAUGUGAAAGUUACAGAAGGCUCAGAGGCAGUCUUCGAAUGUGUGGUAACAGGGACGCCUGUCCCAGUGGUGCAGUGGUUCAGAGGUGACACCUGUGUGACACCUGUUGCAGGGAAGUACGUAGUAAGUCAGAAAGAAGGACUUCACAGCCUGAAGGUCCUUAACGUAGGUCCUUCUGAUGGUGGCUGGUAUCACUGUCAGGCAAUCAAUAGGCUUGGAGAAGCGAUGUGUAAAGGCUCUGUCAUAGUCACAGGGAGUGACUUGCAGGGAGCAAGUGCUAUGGCAAGCAGUGAGACACACAUGGGCAGUGAACCAGAGAGGCCUGAGAAGUGUGACUUGCUUUUAAGUAAGGCUGAGACGUCAGAAAAAUGGUCAGAAGUAAAGAUGGAGUGUGAGUUUAAGCCAUGUGCUGAGGACUCUGGGAGACCUGAGGUGACUGAACAAGAGCAUGAAGUGGAAGGGGAUAAGACUGUCAGCAUUAAUUGUGAUGUGUCCAGAGGGCCAUCCCAAGAGAAAGAGGUUGAGUCUAGGGUGGAGAGCUGCAGCUUUGAGUUCCAGGUUGCAGAAGUUCCUCCCAAAUUUCUGACACUCAUUUCUGACUACAGUACAUUUGUUGGUGCAUCAGCAUGUUUCCAGUGUCUCGUAACUGGCUCCCCUCACCCGAGUGUCCAUUGGUACAAGGAUGGGAUGUUGUUGGAAGGGGACCGGUACUAUAUGCAGGAAGAGGAAGGCGGUUUUCAUAGCCUUACUAUUGACAAUUUGAUGCAAAGUGACAGUGGGCUAUACAAAUGUAUAGCCAUUAACAGGGUAGGAACUGCUGAGACUUGCGCGUUGUUAACAUUGUACUGAAUUUCCAUAACUUAUUUCAGAGUCUCUUUUGAAACACUAAAUGUUUUAUGCUGUUACUCACUGCAGGUAAAAAUGCAACAGUAAUUUUAGGGGCAUUGUUUUUCAUCUCUUUAGGGAUGAAGUUCACCCCAUGUGGGCAUAUUUCUAUCUCACUUAAACUUGCUUUUGUUGAGGAAUUUAAGUGAGAUUUGCAGUGUGAAUAAGUUUUGUGUAUACUUUCUGAACUGAGGUGUAUUUCAGACUCCUCCCGAGCUCCUUACUCAUUCUUGUAAAGAUAUUUCAAUUAACACUCAUAUGCAGGAAUUGUUUGUUUUGUAUAGUGUAUAUAGCCCUGUGUCUGUACUAGUGCUAUUGUUUUUGUAAUUCAUAGGCUGGAAAUCACCUGAAAAUGUAGAAAUUGCCUUUUUCUUGUAGACUAAUGGUUAUACAAUACUAACUUUGGCCUGCUUUUUAGUUUGGACAUAGUUCCACGAAAUAACACCUUAAGCUGAUACACCCCUUUCUCACAAUGUUGUGUCAGACAGUGUGAGUAUAAUUCAAAUCCUGUUUACAGUUUCUAUCAUUGCAAAACUAGUAUUACCAUGAACUUCACUCUACUGACUUUGUUGUAUCUGAUUUUUUUUUUAAUUAUAUCAAUUGGAUUACUCUGUAGCAAAGAAAAUUAAUACAAUGGGAAGAGAAUUCUUUGCUUUAGUAGGGACUGGACAGGAUUUUUACUCUAUUACCAAGUAAUAAACAUAAAAAUCUAUUUUGUACUGUAUCUUUAAAAGUUAAAGAGAAAGGAAAGGGAGCAUAAUACAUCAAUUAUGUAACUGUAAAUUCAUUAAUAUAAUUUUUUUGUUGUCCCCGUAUUCCAGUAUCACUCACUGAAUAUAUGUAGUAUUAAAAUACAAAUUUUAUGCAGUAUUCUUGUUAGGCAUUAGAAAUGAAUACAGAUUCCUUUUUCAAAAAAGCAAUUAUUUGUAACAGAUAAGAGUGCUGUGUUUCAAGGUGACCAGAAAUAAAUAAAAUGUAUUCAGUUAUCUUUGGCAUUUUCUCAGCAGAAGAGAUUUUUACAUUAUCGUUCUCAGUAUGAAUAUAUAUUUUUGUAUUUAAACUAAUACUAACAUUUAGGAAGAGGAGUCAGCAGUAGUUCACAUAAUUAAAUCAGAACUGAAUUAAUCUUAGAUCAACAGUGCUAAACUGAAUGAGCAAGCAUGUUAAAAGUAUUAAAGUUAUUAAUAUUUAGCAGAAUUUAAAUAGUGCCAAUGCAUGUGCCAGCUUUACAGGUGCCUAUAUGCCAGCAUGGAAACCGAAGUUUAAGAACCCUUACAACAAAUUAUUUUUACUUUAAUUUUGUGAAAAAUCAGAUUAUUUACAAAUUACUGUCAGUUGCCUUGCAAACUGCUUCAAGGAGCAUGAUGAUUUUAAGUGUGAGAAAGCUAUUCCUGUAGUAUAUUCAGUAAUGGUCAUGCUUGUUCUUAUUUCUGAGUUCUGUGCAUUCUCACACUGAGGUCAAUAUGCCUCAAAACCUCAAUAAUCUUUAAAACUAUUCCAUCGUUUAUAGUAAUUUUUGAUCAGAAGAUUCAUUUUGCCCAGUUGUGCUGCACAGUAUAAACAUGACUUGCAGGAGUGGCUAGUUCUAAUGACCCAGCAUGUGGAGAAAAUGACUGGAGUGAUUAGGCUAGUAUAAUCAUGUCACUUAAUUUUCUUCCCAGUCAUGACCCUGUAAUAAAUAUUUAAGUAUGUUGUUAGUAGGUGGAGGCAAUUGUAAUUUCUCAUAGAUAAUGGUGGUAGGAAAGAGAAGGGAGAGUGUCUGACCCAACAUUGUGAUGGUGUUAAUUGUUUCUUGAUGUGUCCUUAUCCAUUCCUUGCAUAGAUUAUUAGGCAGCAGAGGUCCCUAGGAAAAGUGGGAUGAAUUGUUCUGUGUCAGCUGUGACAUGAAGGGUCUUUCAGGUCCAAAGCCAAUGAGGUCAGAGAGCCUUUGGUUAGGUCCCAAGUGAUUGUGACCUGUGUUUAAUUUGCAGAUUCAUGAACUGAAAUUUUUAGUAGAAAAUGAUCCUGCUUCAAAACCUUGUACCCAAACAAGUCCCAGUUCAUGUCCACAUCUGAGACAUAAGGCAGGGCAUAUUUAUGUCUACUUGUGCAGUACUGUUUGUGAUUUAUGUAUGUUUAAAGGACUUAAGUUUCAUAAAUUGGCUAGGAGCACUAUGGUGUGCUUAUAAAGAUCCAACCAGUGCUACAACAGUGGAAAUCUGAAAAAAUUUAGUUUGAGAAAGCUUCCUCUGUGAUAUUUGGUAUAGCCUUGUGCCGUGUUUGACCACCUCUCCUCCUUGUACCUUCAUAGGAAUUUUUUAAAAAGUCAUGAAUUCACUGUCAAAUUUAAGCUCUUCAUUUUCACAAAUCAUGUAUCUUUAAAAAAAAAAAAAAGGAUGGAUUACAUAUGUUUGUCGUCAAUGUGUAUUGUAUGUUAACAUGUAUGGUUAAUUUGUGAAAUAAAUAUGUAAACUAUUUAA